CAAAACAGGGCAGACAGGCCUGAAAUACUUUGGAAACCAGAAGCAAACACACGAGGAAACCAGAAGCAAACGCACGAGGACUGAAACGAGGAUCUAAAACCUCAAACAGGAUUAAAACCAAAGACAGGGGAGAAACUAUUUUGGCGGUUUUUUUCUUCUUCUUUUGUGUGUGCAUGUGUCAGAGUGAGGUAACUUACUCAGUUUAAGGGGAAACCCGUUGCAGCUUGUAUUUCAUAUUUGAUCGUUCACCUAUUCCACUGCUCAAAUGGAAAACAACACCGGUUACCAAGAUAUCGAGGACUGCGAAGCCACCAACAAGGCCCUGUACAACUUCUACGCAGCCGUCAUGAUUGUGAUUUUCAUCCUGGCGCUGCCUCUGAACGUGUCGGUCCUCCACCUCUUCAUCUUCAAGCUGAAGUUCUGGAAAUCCAACACCAACAACAUCUUCCUGUUCAACCUGGUGCUGGCCGACAUCCUGCUGAUCUUCUGUUUGCCCUUCAAGGCCUACAACUACAUUCAUGGGGAGAGGCGAAGCGACAAUGACACGAUUUGCAAAGCGAUGCUCUUCAUGUUGUUUCUGAACCGCGGCGCCAGCAUCGCCUUCCUGACGGUGACCUCCAUCGACCGGUAUUUCAACGUGGUGCACCCCGGUCGCAAGAAUCUCCUGAGAGCGCUCAAGAAGUCUCCGCAUAUCUCGAUCCUCAUCUGGCUGCUCCUGCUGCCGCUCACCAUCCCCACCAUGCUCAAGAACUUUGAAUGCUGCAACAGCCACAGCCAACUGCCCAAUGGCGCUAAGGAAGACACUCUGGUGAAGGACGUGGUGGACAGUCUGCGGGAAGUGGUCUUCUUCUCCCAGAUCAUCAUCCCCUUCGUCAUCCUCGUCUACUGCACGGUGCACAUCGUCAACCGGCUCAGGAAGAAGACCGUCGGGGACCAGACCAAGCUGAGGAGGGCGGUGUUCCUGGUGACCUCCGUCAUGGUGGUCUUCUCCUUCUGCUUCCUCCCCUGCACCGUGGCCAGAAUGGUGCUGCUGAUCGCCCGGGUCAAACCGUGGCCCGAGCCCUGGCAGGAUAAAGCCGCCGUGGCCUUCGACGGCCUCAUGGUGCUCUCCUACGUGGACUGUCUGCUGGACCCGCUGAUCUACUGCUUCUGCAGCACCAAGUUUAAAAGUCUCUACCUCUCCAGUUAUUUCCCGUUCUUGGUGAAAGGCAACGGAGUGCCGAUGGUCAGCUCAACGGGGAACACGACGCAGCCUCCGCGCAACAACGUCAUUUGAGGACGGCAAGUGAAAAAUUCCUUUCAACUGUUCCCGAGGUGAGGAGAAAAAGAACAGGAAUCUUAUCCGUCUUACGCAACCUUUUAUCUAAGCUUAUACACUAAUCCAGUUUUUGUGUUUAAUCGGUAAAAACAUGUGUCACCCAGAAGCGUCUAAUACAUCAAAACAAGCUGUAAAUAGUGAGGAUUUUCAAAGUAAGAGAACUAAAGAAGGGAAGGGUAUCAAAUGUAUACAUUUAACUGACUCCAAAAUAGACACAUAUUGAGUCCCCCAAUACGUAAAGGCUUUACCCUGAAGGCCCUUACAGGAAGUUGAUUGUUAAUGUUGGGUUAUUAUGGAUGUGUAUAACAUAUUUCAAUCAUUCUCUUGUCAAUAACAGACACGCCGCAAAAAAGGAAAUUUCCCCGACAGUAUGAAUCCUGAAUCAUGCUUAAAGCAGAUUAAAAAACACUUCACUCCGACUUAUUCUCAUAAAUGAUAUUCAGUGCGGUUACAUGCAAUCGAAUUAUUGGCUUAGUCGGACUGAAAUCGAAUUAUCCGUUUCAUGUAAACACCUUAGUCGGACUAUGUGCGGUCCGACUUCGGUCCGAUUAACACCCCUGGAUAGCUCUGUCCGAUCCAGUUGAUAAUUCGACUCUCGCGGCAUGUAACUCUGAAUUCGAUUCGGAACUGGACUUUGCGUCUUUGCGCAUGCUCGAGAUCCCGCCGCCCUCCUCCCUCCCAUGUCGUGACCCGGAAGUCGAAAGAGACGAUAAAUUAAAUUCUCCGUGUACCUUCGGCGACGGCGUCUUCUCUCCGUUAUCAACUCAGCCAAUAGCGCCAUUUGCAUUCGCUGUACUCCUAUUAACACCAUGGAAGAAUAGUAGAGGGAUGGAGCUUCGCCUUGCUCUCUGUUCGCCAUCUUUCUCGAAAUGUUGUUGUUGGUGGUGGUGAAGAGGUCAAGCGGAAAUGGCUGUAUCACCACGAGUUGUAAUGAAAACAGCGCCGCCUAUCGUAUCGGAUAUGACAUGCUUUCGGCCAAUGAUUCGAAUUACUCACUGCCAUGUAUAUUGGGAUAACAGCUGAUCCCCCAAAAGAUAGCAUAGUCCGACUAAAGCAAGAUUCGAAUUAUACCAUCAUGUAAACGCACUGAUUGAGCUCGUAUAAGACAUCUGGAUGGACUCACCACGAUGAUCUCAUCCACAGUAAUAGUGCAGCGCAUGAGGACAUGUCUGUUGGUAACGUGGCUAUAAACAGACUCAUGUUAGGCUCCUCUGUGUGCUGAGGAUGCAUCACUGUGUCUCAUAAAAGUCGUUGCUUUCUGUUUGUCACAGUAUUGUUUGAAAUGAUGAAACGCCGCAAGAAUACAAUGACACAUGUGUGCGGUGGAACGUUAAGCAAUCCCCUUAUCAAGCUGAAUUUAUCAUGACAUCUGAUUAAUGUUCGACAAGUGGGAACACGACCGAGGAAAAACCCCGUCGGUUUCGGGGAAAAGGAGGCACCUGGUCCUGGAAGAAGAUCCCCAGCUGUACGACUUUAAAGUAGAUUAAAAUGCAUUUAUUGAUGUGGUCACCUGAUUAAAAACUAGAGGAGCGCUCGUAUGGCUUCUUCCUUGGCCCGAGGUGACAAGACCGAUGCGUACUGAGCGGAGGGGUCACAAACAAGCGAAGAAUUGCCUACACACACACACACACACACACACACACACACAAACACACAAUCCAUUCCUUCCUGGAAAUGUCACAUCUGGGUGUCUAAGUGGAUGAAAACCUGACAAAUAUUGACGGAGUAAAGAGAGGAGCGCACGGUUUAAAGUCACAUAUAGUGGGACCGGAGCAGACUUCAACAUCCAUUUGUGUAGUUUUGACCCGAGCGGAGCUGUGUGUUCAAAGUACGCGUCGCUCGUUUGUCUGCGACUCAGUGGUUCAUUCAGUUGUUCAUUCAGUUUCUUCGUGGGCUCCAAUGUCUCUCCUCGACGGUCACUCAUUGCAAAAGUGAAGCAUUUUAUUCACCCACAGCUACAACGUGAGAAAUGCAUGCUCGAGUUCAUUUAAAGCAUCUUUGUUCAUUUAAUCAAUUAAUUGAGAUUACGGUUUGGAUGGGUCAAACACUUACUGACACUGAGAGCAGCAUUAAUGCAGCUAAAUACUAUUAUAUGGCUACUCCAAUUUAUAAAUGAAUUUGAGGUUUUGUCAACCAGAUUCAGUUUAAUAGAAUGAGUUAUUGAGUUGACAAAAUCUAUUGAAUUCUUCUGAUUAUUAUCGAUAUGGCAUUUACAUAAUGUGUUGCUGACACAUUCUCAGGCUCAUUUCUAGGUGGCAUUGUGCAAAUAAUUGACUUGUCUUUUAUGUGUUUUCACUACUCCUGUAAUAUGUGAAUGUAUAAAUAAAUCUUUCUAUCUUCAUUUUUUACAGAA